GAAGCAUUCAACAAGCUUAGGUGUAUAAGUAGACAGAUUGCCAUUUCAAGUGAAUUGUUUGACGAAAUUUCUGCUUAUAGUACUAAGUAUGAUCGGUCGGUGAAAUCUUUUUGUGAAAUAACUUUUCCUAAUUAUCCUUACAGUGAGCUCUACAAACUGAUUCAGAGAAGACAAAUUUUUACCAGAAAAGAGUUUUGCGAAGCUCUUGGGAUCAAAGUAGAACUGAAGCCCGCUGAUCCCGUAGCCGGUUCUAAAUCUCAGAGUGCCGCAGAGCCAGGUAGUGAACCAACAGGUAGUGAAUCAACAGGCAAAGAACCAACAGGUAGAGAGUCAACAGGUAAAGAGGCGACAAUUAAGAAAGAAGCGAAAGGCUGGUUUGCUAGGAACAGAGUAUGAGUGUCGAUUGCUACAUUGGUUGUUGUUGUGCUUACUGCAGUGGCUCUUGCUGUCGUUCACUACAUC